CCCUCCCUCAGCCGGCGGCUCCUCUGAGCCUCAGUUUGAGGAGACCUUCUUCAGAGUCGGAGGCGCCCUUUUCCUCUCUACUUCCCGGCGCCAUGGCAGAGCAGGAGAGCCUGGAGUUCGGCAAGGCGGACUUCGUGCUCCUGGACUCCGUCUCCAUGUCAGAGUUCAUGGCCAACCUCCGUCUGAGGUUUGAAAAGGGACGAAUCUACACUUUCAUUGGGGAAGUCGUCGUUUCUGUAAACCCUUAUAAGAACUUGAAUAUCUAUGGGCGUGAAAUGAUUGAGCAGUACAAGGGGCGGGAGCUGUAUGAGAGGCCCCCUCACCUCUUCGCUAUUGCAGAUGCUGCAUACAAAGCCAUGAAGAGACGGUCAAAAGAUACAUGCAUUGUAAUAUCAGGUGAGAGCGGAGCAGGCAAAACAGAAGCAAGUAAAUACAUCAUGCAAUACAUAGCUGCCAUUACUAAUCCAAGCCAAAGAGCUGAGGUUGAAAGGGUGAAGAACAUGCUGCUGAAAUCCAACUGUGUUCUAGAGGCCUUUGGGAAUGCCAAAACUAACCGCAAUGACAACUCCAGCCGAUUUGGAAAAUAUAUGGAUAUCAACUUUGAUUUCAAAGGAGACCCAAUAGGUGGGCACAUCAAUAAUUAUUUGCUAGAAAAGUCACGGGUAAUUGUCCAGCAGCCAGGAGAGCGGAGUUUUCAUUCCUUCUACCAGCUACUCCGAGGAGGUUCUGAGCAGCUCCUGCGUUCUUUACAUCUACAGAAGGAUUUGUCUGCAUAUAACUAUAUUAGUGCUUAUGGACAAUUAAAGUGUUCCAUCAAUGAUAGUGCUGAUUUCAAAGCUGUUUCUGAUGCCAUGAAAAUAAUUGGGUUUGAAACAGAAGAAAUUCAGACGGUUUUCAAAAUUCUUGCUGCCAUUCUUCAUUUGGGCAAUUUGAAGUUUUCAGUGGAUAUGGAGACACCGGUGAUUGAAAACGGCAAGCUGGUCUCUGUCAUUGCGGACCUGCUGUCAACCAAGGCUGACAUGGUGGAGAAGGCUCUGCUUUUUCGAACAGUUGCCACUGGCCGGGAUGUUAUUGAUAAGCAGCACACAGAACAAGAGGCUACCUAUGGCAGAGAUGCAUUUGCAAAGGCAAUAUAUGAGCGCCUUUUCUGUUGGAUUGUGAUGCACAUCAAUGAUGUGAUUGCAGUGAAGGACUACAACAGCACAGUUCAUGGGAAGAACACAGUGAUUGGGGUGCUGGAUAUCUACGGCUUUGAGAUCUUUGAUAAUAACAGUUUUGAACAAUUCUGUAUUAAUUAUUGCAAUGAAAAGUUGCAGCAGCUCUUCAUCCAGCUCGUUUUAAAACAAGAGCAGGAGGAGUAUCAGCGUGAAGGGAUUCCCUGGAAGCAUAUUGACUACUUCAACAACCAAAUCAUUGUUGAUCUGGUGGAGCAGCAGCAUAAAGGGAUUAUUGCCAAUUUGGAUGACGCAUGCAUGAAUGUUGGAAAAGUCACAGAUGGGAUGUUCCUGGAGGCUCUCAAUACCAAACUGGGCAAGCAUGCCCACUUUUCCAGCAGAAAGCUUUGUGCCACGGACAAAAACCUGGAAUUUGACAGAGACUUUCGGAUUAAGCACUACGCUGGAGAUGUUAUCUACUCAGUCACUGGAUUCAUUGAUAAGAAUAAAGACACAUUAUUUCAAGAUUUCAAGCGUUUGAUGUAUAACAGUUCCAACCCUGUGUUGAAAAAGAUGUGGCCUGAAGGCAAACUGAGCAUCACCGAGGUGACAAAGCGACCAUUGACGGCUGCUACCCUUUUCAAGAACUCAAUGAUUGCUUUAGUGGACAAAUUGGCAUCUAAGGAACCAUACUAUGUCCGCUGUAUUAAGCCCAAUGACAAAAAAUCGCCACAGGUAUUCGAUGAGGAACGUUGCAGGCAUCAGGUGGAAUACCUUGGCCUCUUGGAGAAUGUGCGAGUUCGACGAGCAGGAUUUGCCUAUCGCCAGACAUAUGAGAAGUUCCUUCAUAGGUACAAGAUAAUCCCUGAAUUUACUUGGCCAAAUCACAAGCUGCCAUCAGACAAGGAAGCCGUGAAGAAACUGAUUGAACACUGUGGAUUUCAAGAUGACGUAGCCUAUGGGAAGACCAAGAUUUUUAUUCGCACACCACGGACACUCUUCACAUUAGAAGAACUCCACGCCAAGAUGCUUGUAUGGGUUGUUCUCUUUUUACAAAAGGUUUGGAGGGGCACGCUAGCACGCCUUCGUUACAAGAAGACCCGAGCCGCCCUCAGGAUCCUGAAGUGCUACCGUCGAUACAAAGUUAAGUCUUAUAUCUGCGAAGUUGCCCGGCGAUUUCAUAAUGUCAGAUCCAUGAAGGAUUAUGGGAAGCAUGUGAGAUGGCCCACCCCACCUAAAGUACUGCGGCGGUUUGAAGAGGCCCUCCAGGCAAUUUAUUUCAGGUGGAAAGCGAAUGAACUCAUCAAGAGUAUCCCACCCAAGGAUCUACCUCAAAUCAGGGCAAAGGUAGCCGCAGUGGAACUGCUUAAGGGGCACCGGGUUGAUAUUGGACUCCAAAGAGCCUGGCAGGGCAACUACCUUGCAUCGACUCCAGAAAACCCUCAGGCUGCGAGCUCAUUUGUCCCCGUUACCUUUGAGUUGCAACGAAAGGACAAGUUUAUGAAUGUUCUUUUCUCAUCUCACGUUCGCAAGAUAAACCGCUUUAACAAAGUCGAAGAUAGAGCAGUUUUUAUCACCGACAGACACCUGUACAAGAUGGACCCUACAAAGAACUACAAAGUGAUGAAAACCAUUCCACUGUAUAAUCUCACAGGAUUGAGUGUUUCCAAUGGAAAGGACCAGCUCGUGGUGUUUCACAUAAAAGACAACAAGGACCUAAUUGUCUGCCUCCUCAGCGUUCAUCCACCAAAUGAGAGCAGAAUUGGGGAGCUGAUUGGAGUCCUGGGAAAUCACUUCAAAAGUGAGAAACGCCGCCUGCAAGUGAGCGUCACCAACCCAGUCCAGUGCAGCAUGCAUGGUCGGAAAUGCACCGUCUCCGUGGAAACCAGGAUCAACCAAUCGGAGCCAAACUUCACGAAGGACCGGGCAGGCUUCAUCCUCUGUGUGCCUGGGAAUUAGCAUGACUUCUGCAAGGGAGGGAGGCGGAGGGAGAAGAGUCCCCCCUUGGAGCAGCCUUUUGUGUCUUGAAUCUGGUGGGUGGGGAGGGAACGGGAAGAAGAGGAGUCGAGGGGCUUGUCAAGAAAUCCCCUUGCGACACACAUCUAGACACCUGUAAAGCUCUACAGACAAGGAGCAUAAAUUGCCUCCUUGAUGAUGCCGGCUGCGAUGAUUUUAGAAAUGGCUUCCGAGCCAUUUUGUACCAAAGUGCCUUUUAAGAACCGUUUUUACAUUCCUCUGCCUUACUUCUCCUGUUCCUCCCUCUCCCUGUACUGAAGAUUGUUAUAUUAUUCAUUCUUGAAGCUCUGAUCAGAGCAACCAAAGCCUUACUUGGGAGGGAACAGGAGGGAUGCACUUUCAAUUUUACCGAGACCAAAUCUUAAUUUUUAAUGGGAACUAUUUUUAGGGAGAGACACGUGUUCACAACCCAGGGACAAGGGCUGGGGCAAUCAUUCCUCAAACACAUCCUUGCAUCUUUUACCCCCCAGGAAAGUUUUUCCUGAUCCCAUGAGAGACCAGUAGAAAUGGUUGAGCAAAAUGCCUGAGCAAAGGCUGAACUGUAUUCUAAAAACCAUACAGUUAUACCCCAAACUUACUAGUUGACCUACAUUAGCAGCUGCACAUAAUAAUUACCAGCAUAAAGUUUUCUUCACACACAUACUUGAUAUGAUAUGGCAUUAAUCCUCCAGUCCUUGGGGAUUUUUUUUAAUGGGAACUAUUUUUAGGGAGAGACACA